AUGCUGGGCCGUCUGCUUGCUAAGAACAGGUUGAAUGAGGGCGUUGCUAACUCCGAAGAGGCUUCGAAUCCAGUCACCCCUCAUUUAACCGAUGAGGUUAAACAAAAACUGUAUGGGACGAAGCAUCUGGACUACUCAGUUUCUCCUGUUCACCGGUUUAGGAUCGUUGUGGCUCAAGAAUUAGGCCAAUUGAUGAGCCGACAUAAUUACCAAAUAGUGUUGGAUUAUGUGACGGCGCGUGGCUCGGCGAUGGAUCACAUAUCGGUGACAGAAUUGAAAGAAUACAUUUUCGGCUCCCCCGUUAGGGCCAAGACGCGCCUCAAGAGCAAUAAAUUUCGCGUGGUGUCUAACGCAGGGGUGCUUUUAGUGACCCGCAUCUUCUAUGCUCCAAAUUGUGACACGAGGUUAGCGAUAUGCCUGUCCCUCCCGGAACCGUUCCUGACUUCUUUGAGUGAAAUAUGGAGUCAAAUCAGUGGCUGGUUAGAUGAAUGCCAGGCCCUUUUACUUGCUGUGCUCUCUAAUGAGCAACUGCCUUUUCUUCCGCGCGAUCUGCGUUCUCAUGACCCCCAAAUCACUCAAUCAAUAGUCCACUCAAUCUAUACCUUGGUGCUGCCGCUCGUAUCCGCGCAUAAUGAAAUACCGAGACUACUUCUUUACCCGUCCGACAAUCAAGACUUUCUUUCGAGCUGGUUCAAAGACGUUUUCCAUUGGUUGGACAUCAAAGAUGGUAAUAGACUGCGAUUUUUGCCCGUCCUGUUUACCAAGAUUGUACAAGACUUUGCGACAGAAUUGGUCAACUGCGAUUGUUCCCGGAUCGUUAUAAUAUCUGGGAAUAUGGCAGUGGCGAAUAAACUAGUCUUCCUCAUAUCUGCUCUACUCAAACCUCGCUAUAAUGGCCGAAUCAACACAGUUGAAACCAACGAUGACGUCACAGAUCAGCAGACAAGUACAGGUUCCGACAAGCAGUCGCCGGCUGCGAAAUGUGAUACCGAUUUUUCGGAGAAUUCUACCAAACCUUAUGGAACGGUAACACUGAAGGGUUGGGAAAUUCCCAAGAAAAAAACGGGCCUUAGUUCCACAAGUGUAUCUUCGGAUGGCACUUCAGCCCAAGUAAUUCAGCCUUCUUCUAUCAAAAGCAACAGUAGCUCCCUCCAGUACCUAUCGUCGUCCUUGUCUAGCGCCCAUGGGAGCUACGGUUCCUGGUUCGGAAAGCGUAUGGGAAUGACGUCAGCUAUUACACCCGUUCCAAGUUCGAACUAUUCCAACUCAGCACAUAGUCCCUCUAUAAAGGCGAGUGAUUUAUAUGAGCCUUCUUUUGCCCAGCACCAUAACGGGAGUAGUACAUCACUACACCAAAUGCUGCUCAGCCGAGUAACUCCUUUACCGUCACCCCUAGCUGUUGAACAUGACGAGUUUCCCUGGACUUCAAGUGUUCCUAGUUCGCCACGAACCGAUAGGUUUCGAGAAGGGUGGACUUCGUGGUCAGGGUCCUUCUUACAUAACAUGGAUGUCAGGAGAAACUGCAAUCGAAUUACUGACGAAUUCAACCUGGAGAACGCCUUUAAGCUAGUCUGCUUGUUUGACGCAGAGAUGUGCGAUACCACCAUCAGCGAGGCGUCAGAGACACACGCGCCGGUUUUGGAAGUUCCUUUCGCCAAUAAUCCAGUCGACCUUCAAAUUGUUGCAAACGAGUUACUACCCAAGUACACUGGUUUUUUACCCAAUUUUGUUCCGUGGUUUCAACUUCAAGCUUUUCCGAUAGGUUUGGAUGCCGAGCGCAAGGUUUUGAAUGCUAUGAAGGCUGAUUUGCACAAUCAUUCGCAUUCCCGCACAUUGCUUAUUUCAUUGCGAUCACGAGAAAUCAAAGACAUUCUAGUAGAACGCGAUGCCGCAACUUCCAAAAAUGUUCUCCGAACCAAAAAAGUAUUCGCUUCUGGUAAGUGUGGAAAUGUCUCACCUCAGUUUCAACAGUGUGUGCUCUCUUGUGAGUACAAUAUAAGACGAGCUAUGGCAGUCUGGGAAGAUAUCGUGAGCUCGGGCGAUAAACUUGAAGCUCUUCAGCAAAUUUUUGAUGAUAUAUGCGGUUAA